GCGGAAGUGACGUAAGGCGGCCGCCGGAGGUGGCGUUGGUGUGUUGCGCUUCUGGGCCUGAGAGAGGAGCGGGGUCUGAGCCCGGGGAGAUAACGCGAUGUCGAUCGAAAUCGAGUCCUCGGAUGUGAUCCGUCUCAUCAUGCAGUACCUGAAAGAGAACAGUCUCCAUCGGGCUUUAGCCACCUUACAGGAAGAGACUACUGUAUCUCUGAAUACCGUGGACAGCAUUGAGAGUUUUGUGGCCGACAUUAAUAGUGGCCAUUGGGAUACUGUUUUGCAGGCUAUCCAGUCUCUGAAAUUGCCAGACAAAACCCUCAUUGACCUCUAUGAACAGGUUGUUCUGGAACUGAUAGAGCUCCGUGAAUUGGGUGCUGCCCGGUCUCUUCUGAGACAGACUGACCCCAUGAUCAUGUUAAAACAAACGCAGCCAGAGCGCUACAUUCAUCUGGAGAACCUCCUGGCCAGGUCUUAUUUUGAUCCUCGUGAGGCAUACCCAGAUGGAAGUAGCAAAGAAAAGAGAAGAGCAGCAAUUGCCCAGGCCUUAGCUGGGGAAGUCAGUGUGGUGCCUCCAUCUCGUCUCAUGGCAUUGCUGGGACAGGCACUGAAGUGGCAGCAGCACCAGGGCUUGCUUCCUCCUGGCAUGACCAUAGAUUUGUUCCGAGGCAAAGCAGCUGUCAAAGAUGUGGAAGAAGAAAAGUUUCCUACACAGCUGAGCAGGCAUAUUAAGUUUGGUCAGAAAUCACAUGUGGAGUGUGCUCGAUUUUCUCCAGAUGGUCAGUAUCUGGUCACUGGGUCUGUUGAUGGAUUCAUUGAAGUAUGGAACUUUACGACUGGAAAAAUCAGGAAGGACCUUAAGUACCAGGCACAGGAUAACUUUAUGAUGAUGGACGAUGCUGUCCUCUGCAUGUGCUUCAGCAGAGAUACAGAAAUGUUAGCAACUGGGGCCCAAGAUGGAAAAAUCAAGGUAUGGAAGAUUCAGAGUGGACAGUGUUUAAGGAGAUUUGAAAGGGCACACAGUAAAGGUGUCACCUGUCUCAGCUUUUCUAAGGAUAGCAGUCAGAUCCUGAGUGCCUCUUUUGACCAGACAAUUAGAAUUCAUGGUUUAAAAUCUGGGAAAACACUGAAGGAAUUUCGUGGUCAUUCCUCCUUUGUUAACGAAGCAACGUUUACGCAAGAUGGACAUUAUAUUAUUAGUGCAUCCUCGGAUGGCACUGUAAAGAUCUGGAACAUGAAGACGACAGAAUGUUCAAAUACCUUUAAAUCCCUGGGCAGCACUGCAGGGACAGACAUCACUGUCAACAGUGUGAUCCUGCUUCCUAAGAACCCAGAGCACUUUGUGGUUUGCAACAGAUCAAACACAGUGGUCAUCAUGAACAUGCAGGGGCAGAUCGUCAGGAGCUUCAGCUCCGGGAAGAGAGAAGGCGGUGACUUCGUGUGCUGCGCCCUGUCGCCGCGCGGCGAGUGGAUCUACUGUGUGGGGGAGGACUUCGUGCUCUACUGCUUCAGCACGGUCACGGGCAAGCUGGAGAGGACCUUGACGGUGCACGAGAAGGAUGUGAUUGGCAUCGCACACCACCCGCACCAGAACCUGAUUGCCACCUACAGUGAAGACGGCCUCCUGAAGCUCUGGAAACCCUGAUCUCGCUGCUCUUUCCACACUCGCUUCAGAGCAUGUACUUACAUGAGGACAUAUUCAUGUCUUGCUGUUUUUUUUUUUUAGUCCAGCUUUUCUAAGCAGAUUGUCUGAAUUAGGCAUAGGAAUAAUUUUGUGAAAAUUCAUGUUUAAGUAGCAGUAACCCUUUUUAUAUUUUUUAAAGGUAUUUGUCUGUUUCUAAUUGAGGCAAACACUUAAUGUUUUCAAUAGUCUUCUACCUGGAGAGUGAAAUACUGAUAUUUCUAGAAAAAAAUUGUACUCUUUGGAUUAUUUGAAAUGCUGAUUAAAAUGGGCCUCCUGCAGUAAAACUUGUAAAUUAGGAACUGUCCCAUAUUCGGUAGCUGUUUCCGGUUUUUCUUUUUUUAGAUAUUAAUAAACUUUACACCUUUCUGGA